GUUUUGCAUGAUUUAUACAGCAUUACGUCAGAUUUAGCGGCUGUUAACACUGUUUUACAGGUAGUUUCCAUUCACUGACACGUUAAUGUAUCAUUUCAGUUCAUGUUUUGUUUCAUUUUCCAUUUGUGUCUUGUUUUGAACACCGGGGAUUCCUACACGCUGUGACCUGCUGCUCUCCUGGUGACUUUCCCGGAUUGUGAAAUGCGUGAUUAACCAUGACAACUGAAUCAGGCGCAGACUCGGAGGCCAAGCAGCCGCAGGAGAACAAGGAGAAGGGGAAAGCCAAAGCAGCCGCCGAACCUGUCGAGCCUGAGAACCAAUCAGAGCUCCCCGCUGCCGCCGGACACAGCACCCCCGCCCGGAAAGAGCAGGAGACGCAGGAGGACGACCAGGUGUCCCAUCAGUCGUCCACCAGCCGUCUGUCCAGGUCUCCUCUGAAAGGGGUGAAGAUCAUGCAGUGCAAAGUCACCAUGCUGGACGGCUCCGACUUCUCAGUCAACGUGGAGAAACGAGCCAAGGGUCACGUGCUCUUUGAUAAAGUAUGCGACCACCUCAAUCUGAUGGAGAGGGACUACUUCGGCGUCACAUACAGAGAUGUAGAGAAUCAGAAGAACUGGAUAGACCCUAACAAGGAGCUGAAGAAGCAGAUCAGGACCGGUCCCUGGAACUUUGCUUUCAACGUCAAGUUUUACCCUCCAGACCCCGCACAGCUCACUGAGGACAUCACAAGGUACUACCUGUGUCUGCAGCUGAGGGAUGAUGUGGUGUCGGGCCGGCUGCCCUGCUCCUUCGCCACCCACACGGUGCUCGGGUCCUACACAGUGCAGUCUGAGCUGGGAGACUACGACCCAGAGGAGUUAGGCAGCGACUACAUCAGUGAACUGCGCUUCGCACCAAACCAAACCAAAGAGCUGGAGGAGAAGGUCAUGGAGCUCCACAAGACCUACAAGGCGAUGACACCUGCCGAAGCUGAGAUACACUUCCUGGAAAAUGCCAAGAAGCUGUCCAUGUACGGCGUGGAUCUUCACCACGCUAAGUUGGUAGGGAGUCUCAAUGAGAGCUUGGCUCCAGCUGAGGGAGAGGACUCUGAAGGCGUGGAGAUUAUGUUGGGAGUCUGUUCUAGUGGCUUGCUCAUCUACAGGGACAGGUUGCGGAUCAACAGGUUCGCCUGGCCCAAAAUCCUCAAGAUCUCCUACAAGAGGAACAACUUCUACAUCAAAAUCCGUCCUGGCGAGUUUGAGCAGUUUGAAAGCACAAUUGGUUUCAAGCUCCCAAAUCAUCGCGCUGCAAAGCGGCUGUGGAAGGUCUGUGUGGAGCACCACACCUUCUUCAGGCUUGUAUCCCCCGAAGCACCACCGAAGAAGUUCAUGAGCCUCGGCUCUAAGUUUCGUUACAGCGGCAGAACGCAGGCUCAGACCCGCAGGGCGAGCUCUCAGAUCCAAAGACUGGCGCCACUGUUCGAACGCUCCGCCAGCAAACGCUACAACAUGUCUCGCAGCUUAGACGGAGCACCCAUCACGGAGAGCCAUGAGACUCUGAUGAAGGACAGCGCUGCUGACGGGGUUUCCAAAGUCAUCGCCACGGGAGACAUCAUCGCCGCAGUGACGGAGAAGAAGGCAGAGGAAGAGAAGGCGGAGCAGGAAGACGCUCAGAUGGCUGCAGCGACGCCAGAGCCCUCCACACCGCUCAGACACGACACAAAGUGCUCCCCUCAUGUUUACUCGAGUGACCCCCUCCGCUCCGAGCUCUCCCUCCCCUCAUCUCCCGUUUCAUCCACCAAAGUACGGCGGAGGCGCAGGGAGGGCGCGCGCAAACGGGCGUCGUCGGUCAGUCCGGCCAAGAGCAGCGACAGUUGCCGCCGCCGCCAAGCCCUCGACGACCGUAAAGCCGCGCUGCUGGACGAGCAGGUGCUGCUGCUCUCUGCCCGAAAGCAGAGGCUGGAGCAGGGCAAGAGGCGCGGCGGCAUGCUGUUCUCCUUCUCCCUGCACCUGCCCGACCUGUCCUCCUACCUGGACGAGGACGGAUACAUCUCCUUCCCCGAUCUGUCUGAGAUGCGCUUCCUCCCCAUGUGCGCGCAGAACUUCAUGCCCAUUAAGUCACCCUCGCUCAUCCCCUGCUUCCUCUUCAUCUUCUUCUUCCUGCUGUCCACUUCGUUUUCCGUCCCGUACGCCAUCUCCCUCUCCUUCCCCCUGGCGCUGUGCCUCUGCUACCUGGAGCCCAAGGCAGCCUCCCUGACCGCAUCCAUAGCCCACGGCUACCAUGACCAUGACAGUUCAGAGGAAGAGGAGGAGGAGACUGACAGCGAACAAACCGACUUUGCCUUUGAUGGAGAUAUGACUGCCACAGAGUCGGACGCAGAUGAGGACUCUGAGAUGCCCACUCAGGACGCCUCGCCUCCGGAAGAGAUGGUCAAGCACCAGACCAACAUCAGCGAGCUGAAGCGCUCCUUCCUGGAGACGGGGGACACUUCUUCGGGCCUGACCGAAUGGGAGAAGAGACUCUCCUCGUCCCCGGCACGCUCACCCAGAGCGGACGAACCCCCGAUGAUAGUGCCGCUGGAGCCGGAGGACACUCAAGACGAGCUGCCUGCAGGAGAAGAGACAAAAGGGGAGGUGGAACCUAAACUCGCUGAGGCGGCAAGAUAUCUGGUGAAAUACGUGGUGGAUAGUAUGGCGACAGAUUUGGCCACUUCCUCAGGGCCUCGCUGUCUUAGUCUGUCAACCACGAUGGACGACGACGUCUUCAUGGACGGGACCCUCAGGGAGGUGGACGAGAAAACCCCCGACUCUCAGGAGGAGCUGUCGGAGAGGGCGGAGCUGAAGGUCAGCCCCGGAGCUGUCAGACAGGAAGUGUCCCAGGCCAUCAGUGACAAGAAAGGGAUGCUCAUUAUUUUGAAAGAUGCAGAGGACACAGAGGGCAAAGAGAUGAGUCCUGUUGAUGAAGAAGAGGAGCCCAUCAUUCCUGAAGAGGAUGAAGCUGAGGAGAAUGAAAUGCUAUCUGCAUCUAAAGAGAAAGAAACCAUAAAAGAAGACACUUCUGUAGGUAUAGAUGCAGAAGACAAGAUGCAGCGCCUGAGGAUCGAGAUAAAAACUGAAGACAUGACUCAGAUUAAAGGUAUCGACUCGCCUAAAAAGGCCAUGGCAUCCUGGAUAUCUGAGGAGGUGAAGACCGAGGCUUCAGAGGUCAUCAGUGUGACAAAUGGAGUAAAAGAGAUGACUAACGGCAUAAACCAGGAAGCAGACAUAUUCAUCUUUAAAGCGGGCCAAACAGAGCAGUCAAAGUCCUUCGAAGAGGUCCAAACGAAAAGGUCAGAGUUCUUCGAAGAGGUCCAAACGAAAAGGUCAGAGUUCUUCGAAGAGGUCCAAACGAAGAAGUCAGAGUUCUUCGAAGAGGUCGAAACGGAGCAGACAGAUUUCUUCAAAGAGGCCCAAACGAAGAAGUCAGAGUUCUUCGAAGAGGUCGAAACGGAGCAGACAGAGUUCUUCGAAGAAGCCCAAACGGAGCAGUCAGAGUUCUUCGAAGAGGCCCAAGCGGAGCAGAUAGAUUUCUUCGAAGAGGCCCAAACGAAGCAGUCAAAGUCCGGCCUGAUUACCAUUUCUGAAUCCUCUCCUACGUCCUUAGCAGUGUCUACGCUGGGAUGGGUUUCCUCCUCUGAAAAGACAUCCGCUGAACCGCAGGAGGAGGCGGUCGUUGCCACGGAGACGGAGGCAGCACCAGCCGAGUCGACGGGGCCAACGAGUCUCGAUGUCAUCGAGGUGGGAACCAAAGAGGUGCCUGUUGUCCACACAGAGACAAAAACUAUCACCUAUGAGUCUGCAGAGGGUGAAACUAACGGUGACGUAGACCCUGGGGUGUUGCUGAGUGCUCAGACCAUCACCUCGGAAACCACCAGCACCACGACAACCACACACAUCACAAAGAUGGUGAAAGGAGGAAUAUCGGAGACGAGAAUUGAGAAAAGGAUCGUCAUCACGGGAGACUCAGACAUCGACCACGAUGAGGCUCUGGCUCAGGCCAUAAAGGAGGCUAAAGAACAGCAUCCUGACAUGUCAGUGACCAAAGUAGUGGUUCAUAAAGAGACAGAGAUCACGCCAGAGGAGGGGGAGGACUGACCCAGGAGUAACACUGAGGGCUGUUUUCUGUUCAACCUCCCAGAAUCCACCUCCAACAUAAUACUCCGAGACUCUCAGAAGACUAGAACGGCUCCUACUCUCCGAAUGCUGCAGCUCUCCGCUUGUCGCAACCAUCACCUGCAAAAUACAUGAAUGCAUCUUGCAUGAGAAGGACGCAACGUUGCAUUAUCAAACAAACGGCAAGAUUAUACUGAAAGCCGUCCGAUUAAAAAAAAAUAAAAAAUGGUUCUCGAUCCCGCCUGCACGCCGAAUCCCUGUGUGCGCGGCAAGCAAACGGUUUGCUUUCACUGCCUUAUGACUUUGAUGCAUUGUUAUGAUUAUUGAGAAUAAUUAUUGUAGCGACGUUUUAUUUAUGAAAUAAAGCCAUCACUCCAGAAAUCGCUGUAGGCUGUAUACGGAGCAUACACUAUUUAACCUUGCUGUAGAAGUGCCACGUUCAUUUGCCAGCAAGCAUCGCCUCACUCCAACAACAUGAUGAUUUCCAGGUUUGCCACUACAGAAAUCACUACGGCCCGGUUCUGUACAUAUCAAAGCUUUCCUAGGAGAAUAGCAAAUUAUCUUUCACGGUUGAUUUUUUUCUCACGUCUACUUGAAUUGCAUUUUUCUUUUUUAAAGAUAAUUUCAGCAUUUUAAUUGUUUUCUAAUUUAUUGAUUCCACCUAAAAUAGGGUCUGUUUUGGCAAACGCCAAGGAAUCAAUAUUUCGGUGAAAGAAAUAGUAAUGCGCCUGCGCGGGGGCGUUGAAUGUUCACAGGGUCGAUGAUCGGCUGCCACGCAAGUCCCAGGUUUGUGUGACUGAGAGGAAAAGGGCUCAGACUGCCGAGCGCUGCCCAAAUUAGAAGCAAAGCCAAGAGAGAUCUGUAACCCCGCCCCCGCCCACCUCGAACAUGUCAACUUUACGCCUCCCUCAUCUGUCCAACUGUAUCUGAAUAACCAAGAUGUGUUCCUGUACAGCCAUGUUUUCCUCAAAGUGGUGAAAUAAAAGUGGAAAAUGCAUUUGUUUUUACUUUGCCGUUUCCUUCUCAAAUAAUAAAAUGUUUACCACAGUACCAAAA